CUAAAAGAGGCCUGGGCCGGGGCAGAGAGAUCCCAGCGGCCACCGCGCCCGGAGGCGGGACUUCCGUCGCUGCACGCUUCCGCCGCGUCGGCCAGGAACGAAACCCGCCCGGAAGUAUCUCACCGGCGGCGCGCCGUCUGCGCCUGUUGUUGGCACCUGUGGGUCGCCGCGCGUGGGAGCGGGCGAACAUGGCGUUCCGGCAGGCGCUGCAGCUGGCGGCCUGCGGGCUGGCCGGCGGCUCGGCCGCGGUGCUCUUCUCGGCGGUGGCGGUGGGGAAACCGCGCGCGGGCGGAGACGCGGAACCGCGAGCAUCCGAGCCGCCGAGUUGGGCGGUAGGCGCGCGCCCGUCGCCUAGUGUCUGGGAUCCCAACUGGGACAGGCGAGAACCACUGUCUCUCGUCAAUCUGCGGAAAAGGAACCUGGAGUCUGGAGAAGAAGAACUGGCGUCCAAGCUGGAUCACUGCAAAGCAAAGGCCACGCGGCACAUCUUCCUCAUCAGGCACUCUCAGUACCACGUGGAUGGCUCCCUGGAGAAGGAGCGGACUCUCACUCCACUGGGUCGUGAACAGGCUGAACUAACUGGCCUCCGACUAGCAAGCCUGGGGUUGAAGUUUGACAAAAUUGUACAUUCCUCCAUGACGCGAGCCAUAGAAACAACAGACAUCAUCAGCAAACACCUGCCAGGGGUGUGCAGAGUCAGCACCGACCUGCUCAGGGAAGGCGCCCCCAUUGAGCCUGAUCCACCUGUAUCCCACUGGAAGCCAGAAGCUGUGCAGUAUUACGAGGACGGAGCCCGGAUUGAGGCCGCAUUCCGGAAUUACAUCCACCGGGCAGAUGCCAGGCAGGAGGAGGACAGUUACGAGAUCUUCAUAUGUCACGCCAACGUCAUCCGCUACAUUGUGUGCAGAGCGCUGCAGUUUCCACCCGAAGGCUGGCUCCGUCUUUCCCUCAACAACGGCAGCAUCACCCACCUGGUGAUCCGACCCAAUGGCAGGGUUGCGCUAAGGACCCUUGGGGACACGGGGUUCAUGCCUCCGGACAAGAUCACUCGGUCCUGAGGGCUGCACCACAGGCACCCCCUGGGCGGCGGCUGCUAGACCCUCCUGCCGUCAGCGCGGGUGCCACGAGCACGUGGGUUUCUGCCCUCCUCCCUACACAGGCUGCAUUUCAGUUACAUUUUUCUCGAAAGCAGCCAGCAGAAAGAACUGUCUGAAGCGCUGUGUUCCAGUACUUGCCUCUGGCCCAGGAUGAUCAGGGAACGUUACCGCCGGAGACCCAGGCCACCCAAGGUGUCCCCUUUCUGUGAUCUGAGAGAGGCCCUGGGUGGAAGCUGGCCCGUCUGGUGUCCUCACUGCAGAUGGGCCCAUGCACAGCCCCCACUGAAGGGUCUUUCAUUGUGACAGCACCAGCCAUGGCCCACCCACCUUGUGAGGCACACGGGGACGGUAGGAGGGUCACUCACAGAACAGUGGUGGCCCCUAUUCUUGUUCACAGCUCAUUUCUCUUCGCACUUUUUCAUUCUGUAAAACCCGUUUGUCACUUAAAAGAUAUUUUCCUCAUCUAGGUUCUUGCUUCGAAAGCCAGUUUCUUACUCCAGAGUCACAGAUCCCUGAAGUGGUGGGUGGGUCUGAACAUACCUGCUUUGUUAGACCCUUGGGGGUGUGAGGACCUAUGCACUGACUAGGACACCCGGGGGUUGGGGUGGGGACAUGCCAAGGCUGCCCACCACCGUGCUGGUCCCGUGGAAGAGGCCAUGGGGAGUUGCCCCUCGUGCUCACGAUGUGCCAGCAUUUAACACUGGCUUAGUGACAGGAAAUCACAUGUAAUAAACCAACAGCAUUUUAAUAUCCUAGACUGCAGGGUUAGCCUUCGUUUGCCUAUGGUUAUUGCUAAUUUUUUAUGUUUAUGGAUUAAAGUGUUUAAAGUAUUUAGACAUGACGUGUCUAUCCCAAAUAUUGUUAAUUUAGAAAAACUACAAUUUCUAUGAACUGGUUAUGAACAUUUUCUGCAAUCAUGCAACUAAUUGGAAUAUUUGAUCCAUUUGUCAACUUUGGAAGUAAUUACAUAAUAAAAUUUUAUUUUACCUUU